UUGAAAAUUUGAAUUUUAAAGAAAAACCGCACCACAAUACCAUCUGAGCUGAGGCGCCUAGCUCUAGAUAAUUUAAAACUCCAUAACGAGUCUUUCUUCAAACAGCGGGAUGUCGUGGUAUUUCUGGGAGGCAUAUAUACAAAAUAUAUAUGUUAGCCUAUUGGUAUAAAAUAAGCAGAAGUCGUGUAGUCGGUUUAGAUACCCUUUGAUUAUAGCUGUCAUUUUAGUUAGAUUUUAACCCGCAAUAUUAUUGAUUAAUCUCAUCGGCAUAGAGUAGCGGUGGUAAAGUCGGCGGCGGCGGCGGUGGUGGUCAGUAUUAGUGGUGUGGUGUAUAUCGUGCACCAUGAAUGACACAUGGCUUCCGGUCGUUUAAAAAGAGUUGAAAGUUUGAAAUUUAGGAAAAUGGAUCGCUUAACUAUCUCAAAAGGCAUACAAAUGGUUAAAGCCUAUUACAAAAAUGAUCAUCCUGCAACAGCCACAUAUCGUGCUUUUAAAGGAGAUUAUGUUUCACAUAUUCGUCCAACAACCCAAGUAGUUGGCAAAAUUGUAAAGAAGUUUGAAGAGACUGAAUUAGUUACAAAUAUUGUAAAUAUCGCUGCUUUAAGUGAAACUGUUUCCGAAGACCCGAAUGUGUCGAUUCCUCGUCGUUAUCAGGACUGGCGUACGGCAAGUCAAGCUCAAACAACAUCUGAAGGCAGCUGACCAUUUACAACGUCGUAAAUACGUCAAAUGGGUGCUUCAACAAUAGGUGGAGGUGGUGGUGUUCUUCAGCGACGAAGCACAUUUCUCACUUGGUGGGUAUGUUAAUAAAUAAUGUUAUCGUGUUUAUAGGGUUCUGAAAAUCAUCAAUUCAAGAGUCGCCAUUAAAUCCACAAAAAAGUCACUGUUUGGUACUCUAUUUGGUAUGAGUUGGACCUUACUUCUUCGAAUACAACGAUGAAACGACUGUCACCGUUAAUUCGGAGUGUUAUGGUGAAAUAAUAACCGACCUUUUUUGCUUUUGAAUAUUACGGCUUUCAAAAUAUGCAGUUUUAGGAACACGGUGUC